GAGUGACAACACACGAAGUCCGUCGCACUGCAUAAGCGUCAUUCAUAACAAGUUCAGUUGACAGUGAGCGGGGCAGAGUACAGAGUGAAGUGCCAACCAGGGUCCCCAACUACAAUCAAAGUGACAAGAUGAAGCAUGGUCUGCCUGACUUCCCGUGUGGACCUCUGGAUAUAUACAGGAAGAAAGCCUCCUUUAACUGGAAAGACAUGGUCAUUUUCCUUGAGGGAGAGGAUGAAUUAGCAUUAAAGCAACACGUGUUCCGGACAUUGGAGAAUGACCCUGUUUUCGCCCGUCAGCCCGGCGAGGACCUGACGACAGAGAAGAUGCGAGAGGUCACCUUCAGGCGGUGCAAACAGCUGUUCCGUUAUAACUUCUUGACACACGAUGACGUCAUGGCGAACCCGUGGAGGAUGGUGGUGCUCAACGACUGCCUGGGAAUGUACGAUGUGUCCCUGUCCGCCAAGUACUUCCUCAACAAAGGGAUGUUUGGUGGGACAGUCGCCAACACCGGAUCCCAAAGAAACAGACAGUUUGUGCAGGAUGUAGAGGACAUGAUGACAUUUGGAUGCUUUGCAUUGACUGAGCUGAGUCAUGGCAGCAAUACCAGAGCUAUGAGGACCACAGCCAAGUACGAUCCCAGCACACAGGAGUUUGUGAUCAAUUCCCCUGAUUUUGAAGCUGCUAAGUUCUGGGUGGGUAACCUGGGGAAGACGGCUACACACGCGGUGGUGUUUGCCCGGCUCUACACCCCCGACGGCGCCUGUCACGGUCUGCACUCCUUCAUAGUACAGGUCAGAGAUCCCAAAACUCUGCUGGCAAUGCCUGGAGUGAUGGUAGGAGAUAUGGGCAAGAAGCUUGGCCAGAAUGGACUGGAUAAUGGGUUUGCUGUGUUUAACAAUGUCCGAAUCCCACGGGAAAAUAUGCUGAAUAAGACUGGUGAUGUCAGCCCUGAGGGACUCUACAUCACACCUUUUAAGGACCCUAACAAGCGUUUCGGGGCGUCCCUCGGUGCCCUGUCCAGUGGCCGAGUCUCCAUCACGAGAAUGGCUGUGGUCAACCUGAAGCUAGCCUUAACCGUAGCCAUCCGUUUCUCAGCCACCCGACGCCAGUUUGGACCCAAAGAGGAUGAGGAGAUUCCGGUGUUGGAGUACCAACUCCAGCAAUGGCGGCUGAUCCCGUACCUGUCGGCCUUGUACGCCCUGGACCACUUCUCCAAAUCCAUCUUCGUCAACUUUGUGGAGUUCCAGCUGGGGAUGAUGACGAAGGACAGCAGUGAGAGGCAGGCGGAGCUGGGAAGAGAGAUCCACGCCAUCUCCUGCGCCAGUAAACCACUGGGGUCCUGGACGGCUCAGAAGGGGAUUCAGGAGUGUCGCGAGGCCUGUGGAGGACAUGGAUACCUGGCUAUGAAUCGUCUGGGCAUCAUCCGGGACGACAACGACCCCAACUGCACUUACGAGGGGGACAACAAUGUCCUCCUACAGCAGACCAGCAACUACCUCCUCAGCCAGCUGCACGCCAAACAACGCGAUGGAGUGAGGAUUGCGUCACCACUAGAGUCCGUGAACUUCCUUGACGACUUUGACAGCAUUCUGAAGACCAGGUUCACUGCAGCGUCUGUGGAGCAGUGCAUGGACUCCAAGGUGCCGUUGGCAGCGUAUAAGUGGCUGGUGUGUUUCCUAUUGAGGGAAAGCCAGAGGAGACUGGCCCAGGAGAAGGCCUCUGGAAAGGCUGACUUUGAGGCACGCAACAACAGCCAGGUGUUCUACUGCCGCUCCCUGUCCGUCGUCUACAUAGAACACACUGUGUUGCAGAGGUUCCACGACAAGACCCGCGACGGCGACACUCCGCCUGGUCUCAGACCUGUUCUUAGACAGCUCUGCGCCCUCUAUGGCCUGUGGUCCCUCAACAACCACAUGGCCACACUGUACCAGGGUGGUUAUUUCUCUGGCUGGGAGCCUGCUGAUUGGAUCCAGCGAGCCAUCCUGACCCUCUGCGCCCAGCUGAAGGAUGAGGCUGUAGCGCUGGUGGACGUCGUCGCCCCUCCCGAUUUCAUCCUCAACUCGCCAAUCGGCAAGGCCGACGGGGAGCUUUAUAAGAACUUGUGGUCCACGGUGAUGCAGGGGCACAAGGUUCUAGAGCGUCCGUCCUGGUGGGCAGAGUUCACCUCUAAUAAGCCUGUGGUAGGUUCCCUCCGAGCCAACCUGUAAGGAUUCUAGACGGACAAGGCCCUGGCUUCCUGAUUCUGACACCUGGAUCAUCAAGUAAAAAAUGUAUACAUUAGAUCACUUUAUGACAGGAACUUUGUUCCAAGAGAUUUCUGUAAAUUCUCCUAUGAUGUACUAAUAAGAAUCAAGAUUGCCUUUUGACAUUCAUAAUCAUCUUAAAGGAAAUAUGACCAUCAGUUACUUUGCCUUGUAGCUAAAGGAUUUCUUAACUAUAUUUUAUUUGAGGUCAUUGGGGAGAACUUGUUAGCCCUAGAAAGCUACCUGAUUCUGCAACAUUAUACAUAUAGCGCUACAUUUGUCAGUGUUCAAUGUAAGCUUGAGGGAUCAGGAAGCUGUGCAAGGCUUUGAAACUGCAUAUGAAGUUAGAUUUCUUAUAUAUAUAUCAGUACAUAAUUGGUACUCCUUUACCAUGAUGAUUCAAUUAAUCAUUGAUGCCAACUAACUUCAGAAACUGUAAAUUCUGGAUAACUUUCUAUAUAUUUUUGAUUAUUAACUAUAUAUUUUGGUAGUUAAUUAAUGUAUGAUAUAGUGCUUAUUUUGAUUGCUAUGAUGCUAUGGUUGUUUAAUGUAUAUAUUUGUGUGUAUGAUGCCACACAUGUAUAACACUGUAAAAUUAAAAAUAUGGACAGAUUUUGCUAAGA